UUCAAGCUGUACUGACAUCAAUUUCUCAACAUAAACCCACCUUUCAAAAUGGCAAUUAAGCGUUCUCCACUGCUACAACUCUCCUUCAUUUUCUUCGCCUUCAUUACAGAACAAUCACCAGCAGCUAAUACGCCGGUUCUUGACUUCACCGGAGAAGUAGUCCUCACCGGCACUGAAUAUUACAUCUUGACGACAUCCCAGCUGCCUGCAAGAACUUGCAGUGGCCUCAGCCUCUUCAAUGGUAAAACCAGUACCUGCCCACUGAAUGUCAUCCAAGAACAGUUAGAAUUUCAAAAGGGUGCCCCGUUAAUAUUUUCACAUGGUCAAGGGGGUGUUGUUUAUGAAUCACUUCAUCUGAACAUCAAGUUUUCGGCGUUGGAAAGUGUCUGUAACCAGUCGACGGUGUGGAGGAUCGGCGGCUUUGACAGUUCAACAGGGCAGUGGUUCGUAACUGGUGGGGGUGUUGAAGGAGAUCAGUGCCUUGGAGUAGAAACAAGGCUAAGCUGGUUUAAGAUUGAAAAGGCAUCGGCACAUGCAUACAAGAUAGCUCAUUGUCCUUUAGGGUGCGAGUCUUUUGUAAGUAUGUGUAUGGAUGUUGGGAUUUAUUUAGGUGGUGGAGUAAGACAUCUGGCUCUCAGUCAAACUCCAUUAUCAGUUGUUUUUAUCAAAGGAAGCGUUAAUAAUAAAUAAUUUUGCUCGACCAAUC